UGAGUGUUGGGAGCACAGAGCGCGCAGUAGCGCUUGGAGCUCCAGUUGAGAUAGUCGUUAAGCCGGGCUCCAGUCAAUCUUAAAGAUGCCUCGUCGCUGCUUCCUCGUCACGUUCGUCACCCUCGUUGUCGCCUGUUUAGCUGGACCGAGUCUAGCUGCCUACGCCGAUGAGUGUAAUACUCCGAAUGGACAGCCCGGUCAGUGCUUGCCGUUCUCCUCCUGCUCCGACAUUGAGCAGCAGCUUUUGGCUGCCCAGAAGUCAGGCGAGCGUGUCGCCCCGGAGUACGCCAGCUACCUGCAGAAGGCGGCCUGUGGCGAGAUAGAUAAUGUGCGUCACUUUUGCUGUGCCAACAACCAGAUCCAGCACAACUCCAAGGUCAUGGAGCUGUUCAAAGCCGACGACUUUAGCUGCGGCACCAUUCUCAACCAGCGAGUGGCCAAUGGCUACGAGGUGCAGCUCUCCUCCCGACCCUGGAUGGCGCUGUUGCGCUAUCAGAGCUUGGGGCAAUCUCGCUUCCUAUGCGGCGGCACGCUUAUCUCACACCGUUACAUUCUGACUGCCGCUCAUUGUGUUUAUGGUUACCAGGAUCAGCUCUACGAGAUUCGCUUGGGUGAGCAUCGCAUCUCCACGGAGAGGGAUUGCCGACAGCAGGGACGCAAGGAGAAGUGCGCACCACCAGUGAAUGAUCUGGGCAUCGAGAAAAUCCUGCUACAUGAGAAGUACGAUUCCAAGACCAACAUCAACGACAUUGCGCUGCUCCGUUUGAACGCCACAGUCACUUUCCAGAAACACAUAAAGCCCAUCUGCCUGCCCAUCACUGAUGAGCUGAAGCAGCAGGCGGAGACGCUCUCCGACUACUUCGUCACAGGCUGGGGCACCACAGAGAACGGCUCCUCUUCGGAUGUGCUGCUGCAGGCCAGUGUACCCAUCCAGCCACGCUCAGCGUGCUCACGCGCCUAUCGUCGAGAUGUGCCUGAUUCCCAACUCUGCGUUGGCGGAGGGGAUCUCCAGGACUCCUGUAAAGGCGACUCUGGUGGCCCACUGCAGGCGCCAGCUCUCUACUUGGACAUGUACAAGCUGCGCAUGGUGGAGUUUGGCAUUGUUAGCAUGGGCGUCAUAUCUUGUGGACAGAUCAGCCUGCCGGGUCUGUAUACCAAUGUGGCGCAAUACGUGCAGUGGAUAACGGACACCAUGGCCAGGAAUGGUCUAUAGAUCUCUGUCUGAGUUCUUUAAUCACUUUUAGUUUUAAUCGAAAUUUAUUUAUAUAUAUAAGAAAUAUAUCGCAUUUUUGUUGAAUACUAA